AUGUGCAAUCUUAAACUAUGCGAGUGUUGCAUAGUACAACAACCUCUACCCUUACGUUCAAAGUCAGUCAAGGGAUCCAAGGACGUGGCUGUUGGAAGCUACUUCUGCAUGGUGGUGCUUGACUGGGAAUACCAGGCACGCACCCAAACGAAAGCACAAGCGUCAGCACCCUUCUGGGGAGAAAAGUUUACAUUCAGCAACUUCCCGUCGAGUCUUAAGACGCUAAUGGUGGUCAUCUACCAGAACGAGCGCACCUUCACGGGCGGCAGCAAGGAGGUGCCCGUGGGCAAGGUGUCUAUUUCUGUGGACACGCUGGCCAAGACCGAAAGCUUCACGCAGUGGUGCAGCAUCGAGGACAUGAAGUCCAACAACUUCAUCAACGGGUCGCUGCGCUUGGAGCUGCAGUACUCGCACGAGGUGGUCCGACCCACCGAAGAUUACACUGAACUGGUGAACUGCCUUUCGUAUCCGGAUGUGCUGCGGUGUCUUAACGUCAUGAUCCCUCCCAAGCAACGUGAGCGUACGGCUAAGCACAUGCUCAAGAUAUAUCGUGCACGCGGAGAGGCUGACAGGCUAGUCUCGUCCCUCUGCCAGAUAGAGAUAGCGUCGACGGACAACCCGAAUAUACUCUUCCGAGGAAACUCCUUGGCCACCAAGGCCGUGGAUCAGUACACCAAGCUGGUGGCCAUGGCAUACCUACAUCAGGUGUUGACACCUAUCAUCACACAGAUCUACAACUGCACAGAGUCGUGUGAGGUCGACCCCACACGCCUCAACAACAACCAGACCCAAAUGGCUGAGAACUGGAAGCGGCUCUUGGGCUUCACAGAACAGCUGCAGAAGGACGCGGAGGGGCAUUUCCAGGAGGAGGAGAACAUCCGCUACACAGUCAUUGCGGGCGUCUUCUUCCUGCGCUUCAUAGUGCCAGCCAUUCUCAACCCAAAGCUCUUUAACAUGAUGCCUGGUCACCCGAGCGACACGGUGGGCCGCACCCUGAUGCUGGUGGCUAAAACCAUCCAAAACCUGUCCAACCUGGUUUUAUUCGGUGCAAAAGAGCCGUAUAUGAACCCCAUGAAUGUGUUUAUUGAAUCCAAUCUGGAGGCCAUGAAGAAUGUGAUUGAUCGGCUGUGCUGGACGCGAGAGAAUGAGGAGCUCAGCCCACCGCCGGUCAUAGACGAGGGCAUUGAAAUGGCUAUGCUCUACAGAGUGUUGGUCAACAUUGGUCGUGGCUUGGUGAACUAUCAAGAGGAAAAUAAGGGAGAGGAUAUCGAACCCUUACUGGUCGCUUUAGGCGAGAUCAAAAACUUGAUGUUUCACGGUUGA